AUGGUAUCCAUUACAACGGAUUUCAUCAGCGCCGGAGGCAACAGGAACCCAGAGGCAGCAGACUGGCACCAUCAGUCUGGGUUACUAGCCUUCGGUGCGAACAAUAAUGUUGCUAUUUGGAAUCCUUCAGACCAACAUGACAGAGGUGUAUAUACACUGCUUGUGGGCCACACGGACAAAGUAAACGCUGUCAAAUUUUAUACAUCUCCCACCAAUGGAUCGAUCCUACUCAUUACAGGCGGUAGUGAUCACACUAUACGAGUAUGGAAACCGGACACUUCGACUCCGCCUAACUUCUCACAAGUGGCGGUCGUGGAAGGUCAACAUAAAGGCUCUCUCAACUGUAUCGAGGUUGCAACUGGAUCGGAUAUCUUUGUUUCUGGCGCCGCAGAUGGGACAGUCAAGGUAUGGAAGAUGGUUGAGGAGGGAAACAACGUACAAUGCAAGCUAUUACAGAGCAUUUCAUUGAAACCUCGAUAUUUCCCAUUGGCUAUGGCACUGAAGCUACUAUCCAGCCAGGGUUCCGUUGAAAAAUCAGAUGGAAUGGUAUUGGCGGUUGGAGGGACCAGGGCUUCUGUUCAAAUCUACUCUGCGCAGGAUACCAAUGAUCUCAAAUUCGAGCUGAACGCUACUCUAACUGGUCACGAAAGCUGGAUCCGUUCCCUUGCAUUUUCGCCUGGAAGUGGUAGCGUGGGCGCUGAGGGAGAGCCCACAAAGUCACGAGAUUUCUUACUUGCGUCAUGCAGUCAGGAUAAAUAUAUUCGUUUAUGGAGAGUGAGCCCUGGAGAAGGUGCAGCUCCAGCUGUACCAAGGAACGUGGAAGAUCAGCUCUUGGCCGGUGCAGAAGGGGCAACGUUGACCCCGAAGGCACAUCGAUUUGAUAUGAACGGUGCCAAAUACUCAAUCACAUUUGAAGCUCUCCUUUUUGGCCAUGAAGAUUGGGUUUAUACCGUAGCCUGGAACCCGGAUCCUCUCCACCCACAGCUCCUAUCCGCUUCCGCUGAUAAUUCUCUAGUUAUCUGGGAGCGGGAUCCAAUUGCAGGUGUCUGGUUUUCAUUGUCGAGAAUGGGAGAAAUUAGCUCCUUAAAGGGGUCUACUACCGCAACUGGUAGUGCUGGUGGGUUUUGGAUUGGUCUUUGGUCUCCAUCUGGAGAUGUUGUUGUCUGCCUAGGCCGGACAGGGAGUUGGAGGUCAUGGCGACAUGAUGCUGCGGCAGAUGCAUGGCUACCCAUACCAGGGAUUACUGGGCAUGUUAGGGCAGUUGGGGACAUUGCAUGGGAGCCUAGUGGGGGAUAUCUUCUAUCUACCAGCGGCGACCAAACGACGAGGCUCUAUGCUGAGUGGAAGAAGGGCAGCCAUCACUCGUGGCAUGAGUUUUCACGACCCCAAAUACAUGGUUAUGACCUAAACUGCCUUGCACCACUAGGUCCAUCUAGAUUUGUCUCCGGUGCAGACGAAAAACUUCUACGAGUCUUUAAUGAAACGAAAGCAAUUGCUAACUUACUUACACGGCUGAGCGGGUUAGCCCAACCUUCUGAUAAUGAGGACAUGCCGGAAGCUGCCAGUAUUCCAGUCUUGGGCUUGUCUAAUAAAGCUAUGGAUGAGGAAGUUGCUGGAGACGAAGAAAUGAAUGAAGCAGGAGGGCAAGGGGAACAACAACCAGCACAAUCAGAGGUGUACAAUCUGGAGAUCGACCAUCCACCGUUGGAGGACCAUCUAGCUAGACAUACCCUUUGGCCUGAACAUGAGAAACUGUACGGCCAUGGAUACGAAAUUUCGGCCGUUGCUGCGAGCCACGAUCGAUCAAUCGUCGCAACUGCCUGUAAAGCCAGCUCUAUCGACCAUGCAGUCAUUCGUCUGUAUGACACCUCGACGUGGAAUGAAAUACGGCCUCCCCUAACCGCACACUCGCUGACGAUAACAUCUUUACGAUUCUCUGCUGAUGAUAAGUAUCUCCUGAGCGUCGGGCGUGAUCGACAAUGGGCAGUGUUUGAACGAGAUCCGGUCGACAAAUUAUUAUUCAAAUUAUUAACUUCUAACCCCAAGGGUCAUUCGAGGAUGGUACUAAGUGCAAGCUGGGCACCGCAUCCAACAGCUACGGUAUUUGCUACUGGUGGCCGUGACAAGUCAGUCAAGAUAUGGUCUCAGGAAGGAACCUCGUUCGUCGCGAAAACUACGAUCCCUGUUACUCACCCCGUUACUGCUAUCGAUUUCCUGCCUAUCACGGCGCAUGACGCUCUUUAUCUCGCCAUCGGAGAAGAUUCUGGCCGGAUAAGCAUUCGUAGGAUCGAGUUAGAAAGCCUAGAGGCAGGAGCAACGAUCGUGAUCCCGGAAGAAGAAUGUCCAUCCAAGUCCAUUACCCGGGUGGCAUGGAGGCCAGUGAAAGGACUAUUAGACGUGCAUGGAGAGGAUGUUGCAGCUGCCGGCAGGAAACCUGGAUGCCAACUUGCAGUUGCAAGUGAAGAUGCUUCGGUUCGUAUAUAUAAUGUUGAUAGCCUUCCAACGUAG